AUGGGUUUGCUAAACUUAGAAGACGAAAGCAAUGGAGACAACAUAUUUAAGGAAUUAAUUUUCUAUGUGAAUGGAAAGAAGGUAAUAGAACCAAACCCUGAUCCAGAAUGGACUCUACUGUGGUAUCUUCGAAAGAAACUUCGUCUCACAGGUACUAAGCUCGGUUGUGCCGAAGGAGGCUGCGGUGCCUGCACUGUUAUGAUAUCUAAAUACAACCGAAAGGAGAAAACAGUAAACCAUUUUGCAGUAAAUGCAUGUUUAGCGCCAGUAUGUGCCAUGCAUGGUUCGGCAGUAACUACAAUCGAAGGCAUCGGAUCGACAAAAACUAGAUUGCAUCCAGUACAAGAACGGAUAGCCAAGGCUCAUGGAUCACAGUGUGGUUUUUGUACACCUGGCAUUGUUAUGUCUAUGUACACUUUGCUUAGAAGUAAAACCAACAUUACCUUUACGGAUAUGGAAGUAACAUUUCAAGGUAACCUUUGCAGAUGCACUGGUUACAGAGCGAUUAUAGAGGGUUACAAGACGUUUCUUGAAGACUGGGAAACCCAAAGAAUUAGCAAUGGCUCUAAUGGCAUAACAAACGAAUCAAGCACUGAGGGCGGAGGACAAAACGGAGUAUGUAGUAUGGGUAAAGAUUGCUGUAAAUACAAGACUGAUACAGAAGAACCAAGUGAAACUGAACAUAUUUUUAAUAGAUCUUCAUUUUUGCCUUAUGAUCCAACACAAGAACCUAUAUUCCCACCAGAAUUAAAGCUGUCGUCUCAGUACGAUGACCAUUACUUGAUAUACAAGAGUCAGAGGGUUACUUGGCAUAGGCCCACUCAAUUGAAUACGAUAUUAAAAUUGAAAAAUAAACAUCCUGAUGCGAAAAUUGUUGUGGGAAACACUGAGGUAGGCGUUGAAGUGAAAUUUAAGCACGCUGUAUACCCAACAAUAAUAAUGCCAAAUUGUGUAUCAGAAUUGAAUGAAAUCAUUGAAACUGAUACAGGUAUAACGGUAGGGGCAGCAGUAACGUUAAUGGAAAUAGAAAACAAUUUAAGAAAACAUAUUGAAAAUCUACCUCGUUAUAAAACCAGAUGUUUCUUAGCUAUUGUGAAUAUGCUUAACUGGUUCGCUGGGAAACAGAUUAGAAAUGUCGCUGCGCUUGGUGGAAACAUAAUGACAGGCAGUCCGAUAUCAGAUUUAAAUCCAAUUUUGAUGUCACUUAAAGUGAAAUUUAAUCUAUUAAGUAAAGACGGUGGUCAUCGCUCAGUGUUAAUGGAUGAAACAUUUUUCACGGGUUACCGACGAAAUAUUGUAAAACCCGAUGAAAUCUUACUAUCUGUCGAAAUACCGUAUACAAACAGGUAUCAGUAUGUCAAAGCAUAUAAACAGGCGAAAAGGAGAGAAGACGAUAUUUCUAUAGUAACUGCUGCGAUCAACGUGGAGUUUGAAGACAAUACUGAUACUAUAAAGUUCAUUAAUUUAGCGUUUGGUGGUAUGGCUCCUGUUACAAAAAUUGCUACAAAAACAGGCGAAUCAUUGAAAGGGGAAAAAUGGAAUGAAACGAUGUUAGAAAAAGCGUUUUCAUUGCUAAUUGAAGAACUACCAUUAAGUCCUUCUGCGCCCGGUGGUAACAUACAAUUUCGUAGAACAUUAACUAUGAGUUUAUUUAUGAAAGCCUACCUAUCCAUCUGUAAACAAAUAUCUGCAGACUAUCUUCAUAAGGAACUGGUUGUUCCUUACCACAGCAGUGGUGCUGAACAAUUUCACGGAGUUAUUCCCAAAAGUUCGCAAUAUUUUGAUUUAGUCGGAGACAACCAAGUUAAAAGCGAUGCAGUUGGAAGACCUCUUACUCAUGUGUCAGCCUAUAAGCAGGCAGCUGGUGAAGCAAUUUAUUGUGACGAUAUCCCAAUUGCCGAAGGUGAACUUUACUUGGCUUUUGUUCUUAGCACAAAAUCACAUGCGAAGUUAAUUUCAGUUAAUGCAGAAAAGGCUCUCCAGAAUCCAGAUGUUCUGGCUUUUUACUCAGCAAAAGAUUUAACUCCUGAGCAAAAUGCUAUUGGACCAAUAUUUCACGAUGAAGAACUAUUUAUUAGUAAGGAAGUGACUAGUCAAGGACAAACAAUUGGUGUGAUCGUAGCAAAAGACCAAGCUACCGCACAGGAAGCAGCUAGAAUGGUAGAAAUUAAAUAUGAAGAGCUUGAACCAAUAAUAAUCACAAUUGAAGACGCUAUUAAACAUAAUUCAAUUUAUCCUCAAUACCCAAAGACUAUAAAGAGAGGUGACGUUAAUAAGGCUUUUGAAAAUAAGGAUUACAUUAUAAUUGAAGGACAGAGUAGAAUGGGGGGACAAGAGCAUUUUUAUUUAGAAACUCAUGCAGCCUUUGCAAUCCCUAAAAAGGAAGAUGAUGAAUUAGAAAUAUUUUGUUCAAGUCAACAUCCUUCAGAAAUCGCGAAAUUGACAAGUCAUAUACUGCAUGUACCAAUGAACAGGAUUGUGGCUCGCGUGAAACGCAUGGGUGGUGGCUUUGGUGGUAAAGAAUCUCGUGGGAUGCUUGUAGCAUUACCUGUUGCACUUGCGGCUCAUAAACUGCAAAAACCAGUACGCUGUAUGCUAGAUAGAGAUGAAGACAUGUUGAUGACGGGUACACGACAUCCAUUUUUAAUCAAAUAUAAAGUGGCUUUCACUCGAGAGGGUAAAAUAAUGGCAGCCAAAGUAGAUAUAUAUAACAAUGGAGGAUAUUCUAUGGAUCUCUCAGGCCCUGUGGUGGAACGUGCCAUGUUUCACUAUGAGAAUGCUUAUUACAUUCCUAAUGCUGAGGUCACUGGAUACGUUUGUAAAACAAAUUUACCCUCAAAUACAGCCUUCCGAGGGUUCGGUGGUCCACAAGGAAUGUUUGGGGCUGAAAAUAUUAUAGAAGAUAUUGCAUUCAAGUUAGGAAAGAGUGCCGAAGAGAUACGAAGAAUAAAUUUGUACUCAGAACAUGCUAUCACUCACUACGGACAGUCUUUAGAAAAUUGUACUUUACAAAGAUGUUGGGAUGAAUGUGUUCAAAAAAGUAAUUUGGCCAAGAGGAGAUUGGAUAUAGAGAAAUUCAAUAAGGAACAUCGAUGGAGAAAACGUGGAAUCUCAAUAAUUCCUACAAAAUUUGGAAUUGCCUUCACGGAAAAACUAUUGAAUCAAGCCGGAGCCCUAGUACUAAUAUAUGUUGAUGGAUCGGUUCUGUUGUCUCAUGGAGGGACAGAAAUGGGUCAAGGUCUUCAUACCAAAAUGAUACAAGUAGCUUCUCGAGCUCUUGGAAUAGACGCAUCAAAGAUUCAUAUCAGUGAAACUGCUACAGAUAAAGUACCAAAUACUUCAGCAACGGCUGCUAGCGCCGGCUCCGAUCUAAACGGUAUGGCGGUUCUUCAAGCUUGUGAGCAAUUAAACAAACGGUUGCAACCCUUCAAAGAGAAGAAUCCGAAUGGGAAAUGGGAAGACUGGGUUCUACAAGCUUGGAUUGAGAGAGUCAGUUUAGCUGCUUCAGGAUUUUAUGCAACCCCGGAAAUUGGUUACAAUUUUAAGGAAAAUACAGGGAAGCCAUUUAAUUACUUUACGUAUGCUGCUGCAUGUACGGAAGUAGAAAUUGAUUGCUUAAGUGGUGACCAUGUAGUUUUAAGAAGUGACAUUGUUAUGGAUCUAGGCGAAAGUAUAAAUCCUGCCAUAGACAUUGGUCAAAUUGAAGGAGGUUUUAUUCAAGGCUACGGUCUGUUUACAAUGGAAGAGCUUGUUUACUCCCCUACGGGCACCUUGUAUACAAGAGGGCCAGGUGCUUAUAAAAUCCCAGGAUUUGGGGACAUUCCUCAAGAAUUUAACGUAUCUUUACUUAAAGGGGCUUCUAAUCCUAAAGCGGUAUAUUCCUCUAAGGCUGUUGGUGAACCGCCGCUAUUUCUAGCAUCAUCGGCAUUCUUUGCCAUUAAAGAAGCGAUAAGUGCGGCGCGCCGUGAUGCUAAGGCGUCUUUGGAAUUCCGUUUGGAUUCACCAGCGACAUCAGCGCGUAUACGCAUGGCUUGUGAGGAUAAUAUAACGAGAAAGCUUGAUGAACCAAAGGAAGGUAGCUUUAUUCCAUGGAACAUUGUGCCCUAA